AUGUCUACACAUUUGCUAGGGGCAACAUUGAUUUAUCUUUUCAUUAGAUUGGCCACCUGUGGCUUCUCCGGAGGUGAACCGCUGAAGGAACAAUGUGGAGUAAGAUUUAGUAAAAUUAUGCCCGGUAAUUGGCCCUUUCAUGUGGCUCUUUAUGGGGCCGUGGCCACCGUACCGCCCAGGUACAAAUAUAUUUGCGGAGGAACGCUAAUCGGAAUCCGGACUGUUCUCACGGCUGCCCAUUGUGUGGUCGAGCAUGAUAGUAUAGCUCUCAACGAAACACUGUUGCAGAUCUAUGCCGGAAUUUAUUCCCUAGAAUCCGUUAAAUAUUCCACUCCGUAUAAUGUUUCAUCGAUUGUAAUUCAUGAGGAUUACAAUGUUAACCGGCUAGCUAAUGAUGUUGCGUUGCUCAAAUUGAUUGAAAGUGUUUCGUUGAAUCAAUUCGUUCAGCCGGCCUGUGUCUGGCCGGUGAGCGAUAACAAUAAAACGAUCGACGGAACGAGUGCCCACGCAGUCGCUUGGGGUCUCGAUGAAAAUGAACGGUUUUCCAAAACUUUGGUGGAAACUUCCGACCGCUUGCCACCGAGCGAGGACUGUUACCGACAAGUUGGACAGCUUUUGGUGGAAAAUAAUUCUCUCAUUUGUGCAAGAACAAAGGUUUGCAAUGGCAGCGGAGGAAGCGGAUUGUACGUGCAACAAAAUGAAACGAUUUACGUAGUAGGCAUUGUGUCUUUCGGUCCUACCAUGGGUCCUAGCAGGCGAUGUGGUGUUAACACGUUAACAGCAUUUUCUGACGUUGCGAAAUAUUAUGACUGGAUUAAAACCAAUAGUGAUGCUGAUUAA